AUGGAAGAAGCUUUGCGGGCGGAUCUGUUAACCUUGUUACAAGCACCCUCUGCAAGGAAUGCUGAUAGGCAGAAGCAUUGUAAGUAUCACCAAAACUUGGGGCAUGACACAGAAGACUAUGAUACACUAAAGGAUAAAUUAGAGGAGCUGGUAAGAGAGGGCCACCUCAAGAGAUACGUGCAGGAGGAAAAGAGCCGGGAGGUGCCAAGGAAGAAUCAUCCGAGGCAGAAUAAUCAACAAUCAGGUGGAGGAGGUGCUACAUCGUCAGCCCGAAAGAGGCACUUGAGAAACCUGAGAAGUGUCAAUCAAGCAGAUGUGAGGCGGAGGUCAAUGCCGAGGAUUAUCUUCUCGGACGAAGAUUUUCAUGCUCCUGACCCUAUUCAAGACGACCCGAUGGUAAUAACGGCAGUAAUAGCCCAGUACACCGGGGCUAAGGUUUUGAUAGAUCAGGGAAGCUCGGCCAAUAUUAUAUUGGAAGACCUUCCAGUAAAUGAACCUAUCGGAAGAUAUCAUAGUAGCGUUUAG